UCCUCCUUGCUCUCUGUCAGAUUACAUGUAUCUGUGGAGCACUCAGCCACUGCACUCUGCAGCAUCUGGUAUUGUGGCUGAAUUACAUCGCCGCUUAAAAAUAGCCCAGGCAGUAGGAGCCAACCAGUCACACUGCAGACUGGCCCUGCCUGCAUCUCAAAUGGCACCCUAUUUCCCAUGAGCCCUGGUCAAAAGUAGUUCACUACAGAGGGAAUAGGGUGCCAUUUGGGAGGUAGGCCUUUAUCUCUCCUGGUGAACUAGAGAGGAGGGGCUAGAGAGGGGAGGGGCUAGGGGGGGCUGGAGAGAGGGGGGGCUGGAGAGAGGAGGGGCUAGGGGGGAUGGAGAGAGGCGGGGCUAGGGGGGUGGAGAGAGGCGGGGCUAGGGGGGAUGGAGAGAGGCGGGGCUAGGGGGGAUGGAGAGAGGCGGGGCUAGGGGGGAUGGAGAGAGGCGGGGCUAGGGGGGAUGGAGACAGGCGGGGCUAGGGGGGAUGGAGAGAGGCGGGGCUAGGGGGGCUGGAGAGAGGCGGGGCUAGGGGGGCUGGAGAGAGGUGGGGCUAGGGGGGCUGGAGAGAGGCGGGGCUAGGGGGGCUGGAGAGAGGCGGGGCUAGGGGGGCUGGAGAGAGGCGGGGCUAGGGGGGCUGGAGAGAGGAGGGGCUGGGGAGGGGGGGGGCUGGGGAGAGGAGGGGCUAGAGAGAGGAGUGGAGAGGAGGGGCUAGAGAGAGGAGGGGCUGGUGAGGGGAGGGGAGGAGCUAGGGGGGGCUGGAGAAAAGGGAGGGGCUGGAGAGAGGAGGGGCUGGAGAGAGGAGGAGGGGUUAGAGGGGCUGGAGAAAGGAGGGGCUGGAGAGGGGAGGGGGGCAUUGGUUGUAGGCACAUUUCAUAUUGAAAAUAAGCAACGGAAUCAGUUCAAUAGCUACCUCUGAUCUGAAAGGGGUGCAUGCUGUGCUUAUUGCACUGCUGUGUGUGUGGGAAUCCCAGUGGUGUUUCAAUGUAUUGUUCCUAUUAUUUUGAUUGAUUAUAUGUGAUGUUGGGGUAAAACUGGAAUAGAGGUUUAUUUAAUGACAAUGGUUUUAUAAUAUGACACCUGCCAGUGUUUGGAGCGUCAUUCUAAUGGCACACACACACACACACACACACACACACACACACACACACACACACACACACACACACACACACACACACACACACACAGACAGACACACAGAGACACACAGAGACACAAACAGACAGUUUAGGCAGGGGAGGCUGUGGUGAGUGGAGUCUGAGUAGUAGAUUAUUGAUUAAGGAUCCUCUAUCUGGGGAGAAGGGGAGAAGGGAGGCUGGAUACUAUGACAACGUCUACUUACGUUACUCUGCCCAGUCCACCACGGUCAUCCCCUCUUCCCUUAGCUCCUGGUCAUCUCCUCUUCCCUUAGCUCCUGGUCGUCCCCUCUUCCCUUAGCUCCUGGUCGUCCCCUUAGCUCCUGGUCGUCCCCUCUUCCCUUAGCUCCUGGUCGUCCCCUUAGCUCCUGGUCAUCCCCUCUUCCCUUAGCUCCUGGUCGUCCCCUCUUCCCUUAGCUCCUGGUCGUCCCCUCUUCCCUUAGCUCCUGGUCAUCUCCUCUUCCCUUAGCUCCUGGUCGUCCCCUCUUCCCUUAGCUCCUGGUCAUCCCCUCUUCCCUUAGCUCCUGGUCAUCUCCUCUUCCCUUAGCUCCUGGUCGUCUCCUCUUCCCUUAGCUCCUGGUCGUCCCCUCUUCCCUUAGCUCCUGGUCGUCCCCUCUUCCCUUAGCUCCUGGUCGUCCCCUCUUCCCUUAGCUCCUGGUCGUCCCCUCUUCCCUUAGCUCCUGGUCAUCUCCUCUUCCCUUAGCUCCUGGUCAUCUCCUCUUCCCUUAGCUCCUGGUCGUCUCCUCUUCCCUUAGCUCCUGGUCGUCCCCUCUUCCCUUAGCUCCUGGUCAUCUCCUCUUCCCUUAGCUCCUGGUCGUCCCCUCUUCCCUUAGCUCCUCCUGGUCGUCCCCUCUUCCCUUAGCUCCUGGUCGUCCCCUCUUCCCUUAGCUCCUCCUGGUCGUCCCCUCUUCCCUUAGCUCCUGGUCAUCUCCUCUUCCCUUAGCUCCUGGUCGUCCCCUCUUCCCUUAGCUCCUCCUGGUCGUCCCCUCUUCCCUUAGCUCCUGGUCGUCCCCUCUUCCCUUAGCUCCUGGUCAUCUCUUGGUAAUGCAUUCAUCCUUUUCCUCCAUCCAUAUAAACUCAGCAAAAACAAACGUCCCCUUUUCAGGACCCUGUCUUUCAAAGAUAAUUCGUAAAAAUCUAAAUAACUUCACAGAUCUUCAUUGUAAAGGGUUUAAACACUGUUUCCCAUGCUUGUUCAAUGAACCAUAAACAAUUAAUUAACAUGCAGACACUAACAGCUUACAUAUGGUAGGCAAUUAAGGUCACAGUUAUGAAAACUUAGGACACUAAAGAGGCCUUUCUACUGACUCUGAAAAACACCAAAAGAAAGAUGCCCAGGGUCCCUGCUCAUCUGCGUGAACGUGCCUUAGGCAUGCUGCAAGGAGGCAUGAGGACUGCGGAUGUGGCCAGGGCAAUAAAUUGCAAUGUCCAUACUGUGAGACGCCUAAGACAGCGCUACAGGGAGACAGGACGGACAGCUGAUCGUCCUCGCAGUGGCAGACCACAUGUAACAACCUGCACAGGAUCGGUGCAUCCGAACAUCACACCUGCGGGACGGGUACAGGAUGGCAACAACUGCCCGAGUUACACCAAGAGCGCACAAUCCCUCCAUCAGUGCUCAGACUGUCCGCAAUCGGCUGAGAGAGGCUGGACUGAGGGCUUGUAGGCCUGUUGUAAGGCAGGUCCUCACCAGACAUCACCGGCAACAACGUCGCCUAUGGGCACAAACCCACCGUCACUCGACCAGACAGGACUGGCAGAAAGUGCUCUUCACUGACGUUGAGGUUUUGUCUCACCAGGGGUGAUGGUCGGAUUCGCAUUUAUCGUUGAAGGAAUGAGCGUUACACCGAGGCCUGUACUCUGAAGAGGGAUCAAUUUGGAGGUGGCAGGUCCGUCAUGGUCUGGGGCGGUUUGUCACAGCGUCAUCGGACUGAGCUGGUUGUCUUUGCAGGCAAUCUCAACGCUGUGCGUUACAGGGAAGACAUCCUCCUCCCUCAUGUGGUACCCUUCCUGCAGGCUCAUCCUGACAUGACCCUCCAGCAUGAUAAUGCCACCAGCCAUACUGCUCGUUCUGUGCAUGAUUUCCUGCUAGACAGGAAUGUCAGUGUUCUGCCAUGGCCAGCGAAGAGCCCGGAUCUCAAUCCAUUGAGCACGUCUGGGACCUGUUGGAUCGGAGGGUGAGGGCUAGGGUGGGGUAACAUCUCAUAGCAAGAACAGGCAAAUCUGGUGCAGUCCAUGAGGAGGAGAUGCACUGCAGUACUUAAUGCAGCUGGUGGCCACACCAGAUACUGACUGUUACUUUUGAUUUUGACCCCCUCUUUGUUCAGGGACACAUUAUUCCAUUUCUGUUAGUCACAUGUCUGUGGAACUUGUUCAGUUUAUGUCUCAGUUGUUGAAUCUUGUUAUGUUCAUACAAAUAUUUACACAUGUUAAGUUUGCUGAAAAUAAACGCAGUUGACAGUGAGGGGACGUUUCUUUUUUUGCAGAGUUUAUAUUAGGGUUAGCUACUCUACUCUCCAGUUCCCCUCUCUAGGAUAAUAUGUAUUGAAAUGUUGUGUUGUCUGUCUGUCUGUCUGUCUGUCCAGUCCAUAGCUGAAGGCUUCAAGGAGGCUGUCCAGUACGUUCUGCCACAGCUAAUGAUGGUUCCUGUAUACCACUGUUUGCACUACUUUGAACUACUGCAGGUGAGUGUUUACGCAUUACGGUAUGACACACACACACACACACACACACACACACACACACACAUUAUGUCUGAUCCAGUAGAGACUGUCAGUUACAGGCAGUGUGGGGACUAGUAGAAUAGCUAUGCCCAUGACUUUGCCUAAGGAUUAAUCCAUGUCCUACCAUACCCGUACCUCUAUCCUAUUCCUUUCCUGCCUCAGUUUCCAGCCUUCAGGCCUUUCCAACCUGCUGUGUUUGCGUUCCAACCUUUGUGUUUGCGUUCCAACCGGUGUGUUUGCGUUCCAACCGUUGUGUUUGCGUGUGUAAGACAUGUCCCUCUCACAGUAAAGUUGACCAGUGUUCCAACUUAGCGUUUUUUAAAAACGUGUCCCCCAUCUUGUGAUCAAAUAUGGAAAUAUGGUCAGGCUCUGGUCUGGUCUGGUCUGGCUCUCUGGUCUGGUCUGGUCUGGCUCUCUGGUCUGGUCUGGCUCUCUGGUCUGGUCAGGCUCUCUGGUCUGGUCUGGCUCUCUGGUCUGGUCUGGCUCUCUGGUCUGGUCUGGCUCUCUGGUCUGGUCUGGUCAGGCUCUCUGGUCUGGUCUGGUCAGGCUCUCUGGUCUGGUCUGGUCUGGCUCUCUGGUCUGGUCUGGCUCUCUGGUCUGGUCUGGCUCUCUGGUCUGGUCUGGUCUGGCUCUCUGGUCUGGUCUGGCUCUCUGGUCUGGUCAGGCUCUCUGGUCUGGUCAGGCUCUCUGGUCUGGUCUGGCUCUCUGGUCUGGUCUGGCUCUCUGGUCUGGUCUGGUCUGGCUCUCUGGUCUGGUCUGGCUCUCUGGUCUGGUCUGGCUCUCUGGUCUGGUCUGGUCUGGUCUGGUCUGGUCUGGCUCUCUGGUCUGGUCUGGUCUGGCUCUCUGGUCUGGUCAGGCUCUCUGGUCUGGUCUGGCUCUCUGGUCUGGUCUGGUCUGGCUCUCUGGUCUGGUCUGGCUCUCUGGUCUGGUCUGGCUCUCUGGUCUGGUCUGGUCUGGUCUGGUCUGGCUCUCUGGUCUGGUCUGGUCAGGCUCUCUGGUCUGGUCUGGUCUGGUCUGGCUCUCUGGUCUGGUCUGGCUCUCUGGUCUGGUCUGGUCUGGUCUGGUCUGGUCAGGCUCUCUGGUCUGGUCUGGUCUGGUCUGGUCUGGUCUGGCUCUCUGGUCUGGUCUGGUCUGGUCAGGCUCUCUGGUCUGGUCUGGUCUGGUCAGGCUCUCUGGUCUGGUCUGGUCUGGUCUGGUCAGGCUCUCUGGUCUGGUCUGGCUCUCUGGUCUGGUCUGGAUUUGAAAGCUCCUAUUUCUUCUCACUUUAUAUAGAUUUUCUAUAGAUUAGUUUUAACCUAACAUAGUUAUUAGAUGUGCGUUGAUUGUUGACAUCCAAUGUAUGUAGUGUUCCAGGAGUAGUGCAGACAGCACCAGGUGGUCUCUACCAGUUCUAUCAGGAGUAGUGGCAGACAGCACCAGGUGGUCUCUACCAGUUCUAUCAGGAGUAGUGUUUGGCGGAGGAGCGCCCCCUCCAGGAUGAACUCGGAACAGCACUUCCAUCAGGAGUAGUGCAGCUGGACCUGGUAGAGCCCACCUGAUGCUGUCUGCAGAUCCUCUCCACCUGCUGCUUGUUGUGGCAUUAACCACCUCCACGGAAAAUUGUGUGUGUGCCUUCCAAAAUACCUUUUAUAUGGUCCUAAAAGGAGGGAGGUGUUUUUCCCCCAAUAGAACAAUUCAGGUUAUAUUACUAGCUUCUAUCCAUACUUUAAAGAGUGAAAAACUGCCAAUCUUCAUUAACCCCCCCCCCCCCCCAUGGGGAAAAUUGCAUACAUUACAUCUGUGCAUAGUUGAAACAUCACCUUGUCUUCUCUGAGCAGCAGCUGCAGGAGCGCAGUGAGGAACAGGAUGACCGAGAGGGUCUGAAGCAGGCCAUCACCGCUCUGCUCAACCUCCAGUGUAGCGUGGAGCGCAUCUACACCAAACACCUGCCCCGACGCAAGCCCGGGUACGUACCCUGCUCCUCCACAGCAUUACACUCUGCUGAUACACGUACCGCCGGGUCCAGAAUUAUUGGAUCCCUUGAUAAAGAUGCUCAAAUUUAAUACCGUAUAAAAUAACUUAACAAAAUAAAAAUGCUACAAUGUUAUACUAAUACAAUUGCUCAUAGAAAUAGAUUUUGUUUAACAAGUAAUAAAACAACAAUAGGUGUCAAAAUGAUUGGACCGUGUUUUCAAUACUCCAGCACCUUGCCUGGUCAGACGAAGGAUAAUGACACUGAGACUUUUUCUAAAAUGUUUUAUGAGAUUGGAGAACACACUGGGAGGGAUCUUAGACCAUUCCUCCAUACAGAAUCUUUCCAGAUCCUUGAUAUCCUUUGUUUGCGCUUGUGGACUGCCCUCUUCAAUUCAAACCACAGGUUUUCAAUGGGGUUCAAGUCCGGGUUACUGAGAUGGCCAUUGCAAAAUGUUGAUUUUGUGGUAAAUUAACUAUUUCUUUGUGGAUUUUGAUGUGUGUGCUUGGGGUUAUUGUCUUGCUGGAAGAUCCACUUGUGGCCAAGUGUCAGCCUCCUGGCGGAGACAACCAGGUUUUUGGCUAAAAUGUUCUGGUACUGGGAAAAGUUCAUAGUUCAUGAUGCCCUUGAGCUUAACAAGGGCCCCGGGACCAGUGGAAGCUAAAUAGCACCAUAUUUUACAGUAGGGAUGAGGUAUUUUCUGCUUAUGCAACGUUCUAUCAAAGGCCAAACCCACAGCUGGUGUGCGUGGCCAAAGACGUAUAUUUUCGUGCGAUAUGGCAAUAGCACCGGUUCCAGUCCAAGUACCAAUGCCGUUUUAGCUAACUCCAGGCGGUGCUAUUGUCAGAUGACAUAAAAAUAGAUGCACACCAAUGGUGGGUUUGGCCUUUGAAAGAACAAUGGCCACCAGUUACCAUCCCUGGUCUAGAGAGACUAGAUUGAUUCCUCAGUGUUCUCACCACCCUCUCUCUCUGUCUCUCUCUCUCUCUCUCUCUCUCCCUGUGUCUGUGUCUCUCUCUCUCUCUCUGUCUGUCUCUGCCUCUCUCUCUCUCUCUCUCUCUGUCUCUCUGUCUCUCUGUCUCUCUGUCUCUCUGUCUCUCUCUCUCUCUCUGUCUCUCUGUCUCUCUCUGUCUCUCUCUGUCUCUCUCUGUCUCUCUCUGUCUCUCUCUGUCUCUCUCUGUCUCUGUCUGUCUGUCUGUCUCUCUCUGUCUCUCUCUGUCUGUCUGUCUCUCUCUCUCUCUGUCUCUCUCUCUCUCUGUCUCUCUCUCUGUCUCUGUCUCUCUCUGUCUCUCUCUGUCUCUCUCUGUCUCUCUCUGUCUCUCUCUGUCUCUCUCUCUGUCUCUCUCUCUGUCUCUCUCUGUCUCUCUCUCUCUCUCUCUCUCUCUCUCUCUCUCUCUCUCUCUCUCUGUCUCUCUGUCUCUCUGUCUCUCUCUGUCUGUCUCUCUCCAGUGAGCCAAUGUACCGCCUAUACAGUCGCCAGGUGCGCAGCAAGCAGCUGGCCAUCAAGCGGAUGAACGAGAUCCAGAAGAGCAUCGAUGGCUGGGAGGGGAAGGACAUCGGCCAGUGCUGUUCCGAGUUCAUCCUGGAGGGGGCGCUCCUCCGUGCCGGCGCCAAACACGAGCGACACAACUUUCUGUUUGACGGCCUCAUGAUCAGCUGCAAGGCCAAUCAGAGCUCCCGACUCCCCGGUUCCGGAAGCGGGGCGGAGUUCCGUCUCAAGGAGAAGUUUGUCCUACGGAAAGUCCGCAUUGUGGACCGCGAGGACUCGGCGGAGUUAAAACAUGCCUUUGAACUCGUCGGUAAAGACGAGAACUGUGUGGUGUUCUGCGCUCGCUCGGCGGAGGAGAAGGGGGCGUGGAUGGCGGCACUGGUGACCCUGCAGUACCGCUCCACGUUGGACCGUAUGCUAGACACUGUGCUACAACACGAGGAGCAGGCCCAGCCCCUCCGCCUGCCCUCGCCAGAGCUAUACCGCUUCGCUGUGCACGACUCGGAGGAGAACAUCGUGUUUGAGGACCGCGUCCAGAGCAAGACGGGGAUACCUAUUAUUAAGGCUGGGACGGUGGUCAAGCUUAUAGAGAGGCUCACAUACCACAUGUACGCUGAUCCCAACUUUGUGCGCACCUUUCUGACCACCUACCGGUCAUUCUGCAAACCCCAGGAGCUCCUGGGACUGUUGAUAGACAGGUAUGGUACCACAGAAUUACAACGGUGCAUUCGGAAAGUAUUCAGACCCCUUUUUCCACAUUCUGUUACAUUUCAGCCUUAUUCUAAAAUGGAUGAAAUUACAAAAUGUUCCUCAUCAAUCUUCACACGUUACCCCAUAAUGACGACGCGAAAACAGGUUUUUAGAAUCUUUGCAUAUUUAUAAAAAUAAAAAAACGGAUACCUAUUUUACAUAAGUAUUCAGACCCUUUGCUAUGAGACUCAAAAUUGAGCUCAGGUGCAUCCUGCUUCCAUUGAUCAUCGUUGAGAUGUUUCUACAACUUGAUUGGACUCCACCUGUGGUAAAUUAAAUUGAUUGGAGACAGGAUUGUGUCAAGGCACAGAUCUGGGGAAGGGUACCAAAAAAUAUCUGCAGCAUUGAAGGUCCCCAAGAACACAGUGGCCUCCACCAUUCUUAAAUGGAAGAAGUUUGGAAUCGCCAAGACUCUUCCUAGAGCUGGCCACCCGGCCAAACUGAGCAAUCGGGGGAGAAGGGCCUUGGUCAGGGAAUUAACCAAGAACCCUAUAGUCACUCUGAAAGAGCUCCAGAGUUCCACUGUGGAGAUGGGAGAACCUUCCAGAAGGACAACCAUCUCUGCAGCACUCCACCAAUCAGGCCUUUAUGGUAGAGUGGCCAGAGGGAAGCCACUUCUCAGUAAAAGGCACAUGACAGCCCGCUUUGAGUUUGCCAAAAGACACCUAAAGGACUCUCAGACCAUGAGAAACAAGAUCUUCUGGACUGAUUUAAACCAAGAUUGAACUAUUUGGCCUGAAUGCCAAGCAUCACGUCUGGAGGAAACCUGGCACCAUCCCUACGGUGAAGCAUGGUGGUGGCAGCAUCAUGCUGUGGGGAUGUUUUUCAGCGGCAGGGACUGGGAGACUAGUCAGGUUCGAGGGAAAGAUGAACGGAGCAAAGUACAGAGAGAUCCUUGAUGAAAACCUGCUCCAGAGUGCUCAGGACCUCCGACUGGGGCAAAGGUUCACCUUCCAACAGGACAACGACCCUAAGCACACAGCCAAGACAACGCAGGAGUGGCUUCGGGACUUGUCUCUGAAUUUCCUUGAGUGGCCCAGCCAGAGCCCGGACUUGAACCCGAUCGAACAUCUCUGGAGAGACCUGAAAAUAGUUGUGUAGCAACGCUCCCCAUCCAACUUGACAGAGCUUGAGAGGAUCUGCAGAGAAGAAUGGGAGAAACUCCCCAAAUACAGGUGUGCCAAGCUUGUAGCGUCAUACCCAAGAAGACUUGAGGCUGUAAUCGCUGGCAAAGGGGCUUCAACAAAGUACUGAGUAAAGGGUCUGAAUACUUAUGUAAAUGUGAUAUUUCAGUUUUUUAUUUUUAAUACGAUGCAACAAUUUCUAAAAACUAUUUUUUUGCUUUUUCAUUAUGGGGUAUUGUGUGUAGAUUGAUUAGGCAAAAAAAACGAUUUAAUCCAUUUUAGAAUAAGGCUGUAACGUAAUAAAAUGUGUAAGAAUUUGAGGGGUCUGAAUACUUUCCGAAUGCACUGUAUAUCUCUAUGUAUGGUGCACCGAAUGUGCAUGUCUGCUUCCUGACUCCUUACGAGACCCUUUUUAAGAUGCAGUUGUUUCAUGUAGUCACUCAGCGGGGUUGGAAACAAGCAGAUGCGUCCGGUUUUCAGGGGAAAUGGAAAGAGCCUGUAAGGCCACUUCCGCUUUUGGACGUUAACAAGGCGACACUCCGUCUUUAAAGAUAUUCUCCGGUACUUUUGUGCACCAAGGUCUCGCUCUUUCUCUCGCGCUACUGUGUGUGCGUCUUGCUAGCUGUCACUCAAAUGGCGAGGGGCUGAAGCUCAUUGGCUGAAACUCAAGUUGCUCAGUGGCUGGCCCAAGUGGGGUAAAUGGGCGGUGCCGUUUUCCUUACAUCUUCCAGAAAACAGUCGCUUUCAAACUAGGAAUUUCGUGGCUAGUUGAGGUAAAACAGUAAUUCUGCUCAUAGAUUAUGUACAGUUGAAGUCGGAAGUUUACAUACACUUAGGUUGGAGUCAUUAAAACUCGUUUUUCAACCACUCCACAAAUUUCUUGUUAACAAACUAUAGUUUUGGCAAGUUGGUUAAGACAUCUACUUUGUGCAUGACACAAGUAAUUUUUCCAACAAUUGUUUACAGGCAGAUUAUUUCACUUAUAAUUCACUGUAUCACAAUUCCAGUGGGUCAGAAGUUUACAUACACUAAGUUGACUGCCUUUAAACAGCUUGGAAAGUACGCAAGUAUAAACACCAUGGGACCACACAGCCGUCAUACCACUCAGGAAGGAGACGCGUUCUGUCUCCUAGAGAUUAACGUACUUUGGUGCGAAAAGUGCAAAUCAAUCCCAGAACAACAGCAAAGGACCUUGUGAAGAUGCUGGAGGAAACCGGUACAAAAGUAUCUAUAUUCACAGUAAAACAAGUCCUAUAUCGACAUAACCUGAAAGGCCGCUCAGCAAGGAAGAAGCCACUGCUCCAAAACCGCCAUAAAAAAGCCAGACUACGGUUUGCAACUGCACAUGGGGACAAAGAUCGUACUUUUUGGAGAAAUGUCCUCUGGUCUGAUGAAACAAAAAUAGAACUGUUUGGCCAUAAUGACCAUCGUUAUGUUUGGAGGAAAAGGGGGGACGCUUGCAAGCCGAAGAACACCAUCCCAACCGUGAAGCACGGGGGUGGCAGCAUCAUGCUGUGGGGGUGCUUUGCUGCAGGAGGGACUGGUGCACUUCACAAAAUAGAUGGCAUCAUGAGGAAGGAAAAUUAUGUGGAUAUAUUGAAGCAACAUCUCAAGACAUCAGUCAGGAAGUUAAAGCUUGGUCACAAAUGGGUCUUCCAAUUGGACAAUGACCCCAAGCAUACUUCCAAAGUUGUGGCAAAAUGGCUUAAGGACAAGAAAGUCAAGGUAUUGGAGUGGCCAUCACAAAGCCCUGACCUCAAUCCUAUAGAAAAUGUGUGGGCAGAACUGAAAAAGCGUGUGCGAGCAAGGAGGCCUACAAACCUGACUCAGUUACACCAGCUCUGUCAGGAGGAAUGGGCCAAAAUUCACCCAACUUAUUGUGGGAAGCUUGUGGAAGGCUACACAAAACGUUUGACCCAAGUUAAACAAUUUAAAGGCAAUGCUACCAAAUACUAAUUGAGUGUAUGUAAACUUCUGACCCACUGGGAAUGUGAUGAAGGAAAUAAAAGCUGAAAUAAAUCAUUCUCUCUACUAUUAUUCUGACAUUUCACAUUCUUAAAAUAAAGUGGGGAUCCUAACUGACCUAAGACAGGGAGUUUUUACUAGGAUUAAAUGUCAGGAAUUGUGAAAAACUGAAUUUAAAUGUAUUUGGCUAAGGUGUACGUAAACUUCCCACUUCAGCUGUAUGUAUGAACUACAUAUUGACACAUCCAGCCCAAAGCGGGAGGUUUAAGAAAAUACUUAAUAGUCGCCAAUGUACCGGAGCAUGUCUUGAACAACUCCUCCACAUUUGCUGGAUUGGUUGAAAGGUGCAGAAGAGAAGUUUUUUUCUUCUCAGGACCAGGGUUUUCGGCAGCAUGGCCUUCGUCAUGGAGUACAACUGUUUGGUUUGGCAAUAACGUAUUUGAUCUUUCCCAGGAUUGAGAUCCCCGAGCCAGAGCCCACAGAGGCAGACAAACAGGCUCUAUGGAAUGGGGAUCAGCCAAUGGCUGCUGAGCUACAGAGGUUCCGCAGGGAGUACGUACAACCUGUCCAACUCAGGUAUGAUCACCGUUCCAUUGUCCAAUGAGCCUGCAUCCCACCAUACCACUCUCCAAUCAGAUUCCAUCCCACCUGGGUUGGGAAGGUUUCUAGAACAGUAAUUCCACCAUCACUGUGUCUGUGGUAUUUUACCCUCUUCUUCAAUUCUUCUUCUUCUUCUGUCUCUCUCCCUCUCAGGGUUCUGAAUGUGUUCCGUCAGUGGGUGGAACAUCAUUUCUAUGACUUUGAGAACGACCCCGAGCUACGAGGCAAACUGGAGGAGUACAUCAGCAGCAUUAUACAGCUCCGAGGUCGGCUCCCAUUACGCCGCCACUUUUAAUACUAAUAUGUUCAUUCGCAAGGGGCACGUUUGCAGUGUUCACUCGUUUUUAUUUACCAGCCACUGAUGUUAUUGUGAAAGAAAUGUUGUGAAGUUUAUUUGCCGUAUGUAAUGAAUACAUUGGAAGGUUGUGACACAGAUUCUCAAACUUUGACUUUUAACCUCAGACAGUCUAGAUGGGGACAAUGGUCAUGUGUUUUAUGUGUGAGAGAGACACAUUUCCUUUCUCUGAAAAGUAUUCCUCCUUCUUGCUUGACCAGGCAAGUCGAUGAGGAAGUGGGUUGAGUCCAUUAACAAGAUCAUCAAGAGGAAGAUGCAGACUCAGUCCAACGGGGUCAGCCACAACAUCACCUUCGAGAGCCCGCCCCCGCCCAUCGAGUGGCACAUCAGCCGCCUGGGCCAGACGGACACCUUUGACCUCAUGACCCUUCACCCCAUAGAGAUCGCCCGCCAGCUCACCCUGCUUGAGUCUGAACUCUACAGGUGAGACCACUGUUACCAUGGUGACACCUCCUCAGUAUACCACUACUAUACCGUCUACUACUAUACCGUCUACUACUAUACCACUACUACUAUACCGUCUACUACUAUACCACUACUACUAUACCGUCUACUACUAUACCACUACUACUAUACCGUCUACUACUAUACCGUCUACUACUAUACCACUGCUACUAUACCGUCUACUACUAUACCGUCUACUACUAUACCACUACUACUAUACAACCGUCUACUACUAUACCACUACUACUAUACCACUACUACUAUACCACUACUACUAUACCACUACUACUAUACCUCUACUACUAUACCACUACUACUAUACCACUACUACUAUACCACUACUACUAUACCACUACUACUAUACCGUCUACUACUAUACCACUACUACUAUACCACUACUACUAUACCACUACUACUAUACCACUACUACUAUACCGUCUACUACUAUACGUCUACUACUAUACCGUCUACUACUAUACCACUACUACUAUACGUCUACUACUAUACCACUACUACUAUACCACUACUACUAUACCGUCUACUACUAUACCGUCUACUACUAUACCGUCUACUACUAUACCACUACUACUAUACCACUACUACUAUACCGUCUACUACUAUACCGUCUACUACUAUACCACUACUACUAUACGUCUACUACUAUACCACUACUACUAUACCACUACUACUAUACCGUCUACUACUAUACCGUCUACUACUAUACCGUCUACUACUAUACCGUCUACUACUAUACCACUACUACACCGUCUACUACUAUACCACUACUACUAUACCACUACUACUAUACCGUCUACUACUAUACCACUACUACUAUACCGUCUACUACUAUACCACUACUACUAUACCACUACUACUACACCACUACUACUAUACCGUCUACUACUAUACCACUACUACUACACCACUACUACUAUACCGUCUACUACUAUACCACUACUACUAUACCGUCUACUACUAUACCACUACUACUAUACCACUACUACUACACCACUACUACUAUACCGUCUACUACUAUACCACUACUACUAUACCGUCUACUACUAUACCGUCUACUACUAUACCGUCUACUACUAUACCACUACUACUAUACGUCUACUACUAUACCACUACUACUACUAUACCGUCUACUACUAUACCGUCUACUACUAUACCGUCUACUACUAUACCACUACUACUAUACCGUCUACUACUAUACCACUACUACUAUACCGUCUACUACUAUACCGUCUACUACUAUACCGUCUACUACUAUACCACUACUACUAUACCACUACUACUAUACCGUCUACUACUAUACCGUCUACUACUAUACCGUCUACUACUAUACCACUACUACUAUACCACUACUACUAUACCGUCUACUACUAUACCGUCUACUACUAUACCGUCUACUACUAUACCGUCUACUACUAUACCACUACUACUAUACCACUACUACUAUACCACUACUACUAUACCACUACUACUAUACCGUCUACUACUAUACCACUACUACUAUACCGUCUACUACUAUACCGUCUACUACUAUACCGUCUACUACUAUACCGUCUACUACUAUACCACUACUACUAUACCACUACUACUAUACCGUCUACUACUAUACCACUACUACUAUACCGUCUACUACUAUACCACUACUACUAUACCGUCUACUACUAUACCACUACUACUAUACCGUCUACUACUAUACCGUCUACUACUAUACCACUACUACUAUACCGUCUACUACUAUACCACUACUACUAUACCGUCUACUACUAUACCACUACUACUAUACCGUCUACUACUAUACCGUCUACUACUAUACCACUACUACUAUACCGUCUACUACUAUACCACUACUACUAUACCACUACUACUAUACCGUCUACUACUAUACCGUCUACUACUAUACCACUACUACUAUACCGUCUACUACUAUACCACUACUACUAUACCGUCUACUACUAUACCGUCUACUACUAUACGCUACUACUAUACCCUACUACUAUAUACCGUCUACUACUAUACCACUACUACUAUACCACCACUACUAUACCACCACUACUAUACCGUCUACUACUAUACCGUCUACUACUAUACCACUACUACUAUAACCGUCUACUACUAUACCACCACUGCAUACCGUCUACUACUAUACCACUACUACUAUACCACUACUACUAUACGUCUACUACUAUACCAGUCUACUACUAUACCACUACUACUAUACCGUCUAAUACAUACCGUCUACUACUAUACCGUCUACUACUAUACCACUACUAUAUACCACUACUACUAUACGUUCUACUUACUAUACCGUCUACUACUAUACCGUCUACUACUAUACCACUACUACUAUACCACUACUACUAUACCGUCUAAUACUAUACCGUCUACUACUAUACCGUCUACUACUAUACCACUACUACUAUACCACUACUACUAUACCGUCUACUACUAUACCGUCUACUACUAUACCGUCUACUACUAUACCGUCUACUACUAUACCACUACUACUAUACCACUACUACUAUACCGUACUACUACUAUACCAUACUACUAUACCGUCUACUACUAUAACCACUACUACUAUACCACUACUACUAUACCGUCUACUACUAUACCGUCUAUACUAUACCGUCUACUACUAUACCACUACUACUAUACCGUCUACUACUAUACCACUACUACUAUACCGUCUACUACUAUACCGUCUACUACUAUACCGUCUACUACUAUACCACUACUACUAUACCACUACUACUAUACCACUACUACUAUACCGUCUACUACUAUACCGUCUACUACUAUACCACUACUACUAUACCACUACUACUAUACCGUCUACUACUAUACCACUACUACUAUACCGUCUACUACUAUACCGUCUACUACUAUACCGUCUACUACUAUACCACUACUACUAUACCACUACUACUAUACCGUCUACUACUAUACCACUACUACUAUACCGUCUACUACUAUACCACUACUACUAUACCGUCUACUACUAUACCACUACUACUAUACCACUACUACUAUACCGUCUACUACUAUACCGUCUACUACUAUACCGUCUACUACUAUACCACUACUACUAUACCGUCUACUACUAUACCACUACUACUAUACCGUCUACUACUAUACCGUCUACUACUAUACCGUCUACUACUAUACCACUACUACUAUACCACUACUACUAUACCACUACUACUAUACCGUCUACUACUAUACCGUCUACUACUAUACCGUCUACUACUAUACCACUACUACUAUACCGUCUACUACUAUACCACUACUACAUAACGUCUACUACUAUACCGUCUACUACUAUACCGUCUAACUAUCACUAACUACUAUACCACUACUACUAUACCGUCUACUACUAUACCGUCUACUACUAUACCGUCUACUACUAUACCACUACUACUAUACCGUCUACUACUAUACCGUCUACUACUAUACCGUCUACUACUAUACCACUACUACUAUACCGUCUACUACUAUACCGUCUACUACUAUACCACUACUACUAUACCGUCUACUACUAUACCACUACUACUAUACCGUCUACUACUAUACCACUACUACUAUACCGUCUAACUAUACGUACUACUAUACCGUCUACUACUUAUUACUAACUAUACCACUACUACUUAUACCGUCUACUACUAUACCGUCUACUACAUUACGUCUACUACUUACCGUCUACUACUAUACCACUACUACUAUACCGUCUACUACUAUACCGUCUACUACUAUACCGUCUACUACUAUACCACUACUACUAUACCACUACUACUAUACCGUCUACUACUAUACCACUACUACUAUACCACUACUACUAUACCGUCUACUACUAUACCGUCUACUACUAUACCGUCUACUACUAUACCACUACUACUAUACGUCUACUACUAUACCGUCUACUACUAUACCGUCUUAAUAAAUUCAUUAAAAAUCCUACAAUGUGAUUUUCUGGAUUUUUUUUUCUUCUCAAUUUGUCUGUCAUAGUUGACGUGUACCUAUGAUGAAAAUUACAGGCCUCUCUCAUCUUUUUAAGUGGGAGAACUUGCACAAUUGGUGGCUGACUAAAUACUUUUUUUCCCCACUGUAUAUAUUCCCAAAACUAGAAUCUGUUACGAACACAGUGCACUAAGUUUUAUAAAUUUGCCGCUUUGCCAAAAGUUUUUUUUUUUUAAGUGUAUGGUUUAGGAGUGCGUGGUCGAAUUGAGUUUGCGCACACGCGCACUUCCUAACGAAAAUAUGCAAAUACAUGCUACAACAGGCCAAUAGGAUCUUGAUAGCUCGUGCUUUGCUUUGCCCACCACCUUCCUUGUUCUGCCAACUAUGCUUCAUUUGCUACCAAUGUAAACGACACAGAUGAACUAUCUUGGGUUAGUUAUAAAUAUCUUUGCUAUUCUAUAACCAUUACCGUGACGAUCAUUUGAUUUGCCACCAUGUGAAAUGGCGACAAGCUCUCACGAUAAAAACACACAAUAAAAACAGCAAGAAAUAUACAAAUAUACAACAACCAGCAAUGAAGUCGUAAAUACAAUAAACGGUACUUUUGUAAAUACAGGCAGUAGUACACUGUUAAAAAACGUGAUGCUGAACUCUGGCUCAAGCCGUACUGUCUGUACAGGGGGCCAUUCUGAAGUCCUCUGACCAUGUACAGGGGGCCAUUCUGAACUCCUCUGACCAUGUACAGGGGGCUAUUCUGAACUCCUCUGACCAUGUACAGGGGGCCAUUCUGAACUCCUCUGACCAUGUACAGGGGGCCAUUCUGAAGUCCUCUGACCAUGUACAGGGGGCCAUUCUGAAGUCCUCUGACCAUGUACAGGGGGCCAUUCUGAAGUCCUCUGACCAUGUACAGGUGGCUAUUCUAAAGUCCUCUGACCAUGUACAGGGGGCUAUUCUGAAGUCCUCUGACCAUGUACAGGGGGCUAUUCUGAAG